CCAUGGACCGGCCAACAAGCACCGAGAAACACUCUAGCGGUGCUAGCCCAGAGAUUGCGCCUAUCCGAGAGCACCCAUCGACCUCCCAUGAAGGACAUCCUACAACCAGCUACGACGAAACCGAGAAGACCAGAUGGGAACGUCUCUGGCCAGUCAUCGCUUGCGGUGCAGGUCUCUUCAGUGAUGGAUACCUGAAUGGUGUGAUCGGUUUUGUGUCGACCAUGCUUGGAAAGAUCUAUCCUACUACCUAUGCUACCUCGCCCGCCCAACGCAACGUUUCGUCCAUCACCUUUGCUGGAACCGUGGUUGGUAUGUUGAUUUUCGGCUAUACCUCUGACCACUACAGCCGCAAGUGGAGUUUGUUUGCCAGUACCGUCAUCUUGAUCUUGUUUGCCGCACUCAGCGCAGGUAGCUAUGGAGCAGGUGGCAGUAGCUCUGGUCUCUUUGCCGCCUUGACCGCAUGGCGUUUCUUGCUGGGUAUUGGUAUUGGUGGUGAAUACCCAGCAGGCAGUGUUGGCUGUGCCGAGAGCACUGGAGAACUCAAGAGUGGAACCAGAAACAGAUGGAUCGAUAUUGGGUUUGUGGUUUCUGCGCUGGUGCCCAUGAUUGUGAAUCAUCUCCGCGCUGCCUGGCGCAUCUGUCUAGGUCUCGGUGUAAUUCCUCCUCUUUCACUCUUAUACCUCCGUCUCAAGCUCAAGGAACCUGAAGCUUACCGUCGCGAAACAAUGGCAAAAGCAAAGACCCCUUGGUUUUUGAUCAUCAAGUUCUACUGGUGGCGAUUGACUAUUGUCUCCUUGAUCUGGUUCAUCUACGACUUUUCGGGCUAUUCUUUCUCGCUGUUCAGUUCGACCAUCGUGUCUAAUCUACUAGGCGACAGUGCACCACUCUGGAAAUCGUUCGGGUGGACUACUUUGAUCUAUCUCUUCUAUCUACCUGGCUGUAUCGGUGGUUCCUUUGUCAGCGACUGGCUGGGUCCUAAGCUUACUCUCAGCAUCGGUGUGCUUGCUCAAGGAAUAGUCGGAUUCAUCAUGGCUGGUGUGUACAGCUAUCUCGCCCAACCUUCCAACGUGGCUGGCUUUGUAAUCGUCUAUGGUGUCUUCCUCGCACUCGGCGACAUUACAGAUNUCGGACCCGGCGACAACAUCGGCCUCAUCGCCUCCAAAACCUGCGCCACCGCCGUGCGCGGCCAGUACUACGGUAUUGCCGCUGCCAUUGGCAAGAUCGGCGCGUUCGUGGGCGACCAGGUGCUCGCAAUCCUCUACAACCGCUACGCAGACACCGAUAUGGUCAAAGCGGGUCAAUACCCGUUCUUUGUGUCCAGUGCGCUAUGCAUCUUGAGCGCUUUCAUUGCCUUCUUCUUGCUGCCCCACAUUGGGCAGGAUACGAUCGAUGAGGAAGAUCUGAAGUUUAGAGCGUAUCUGGCAGAGAAUGGGUAUGAUGUUAGUCAGAUGGGUGUGCAUCAGGAGAGUACGGAGCAUAUUGUUGGACAGAGUGAGGUUGAGGGGGAUAACAAGGGUGCU